GUGAGUGGCUGCAGGAUAGUGGAAAAAUAAGUUACCUUUCUGUAUACAAACGAGAAAAAAAAACAAUCUAGAGAAAAAGAAAAAAAGAAAAGGGAAGAGAGAAGAGCCGUGUGUAUUAUUUCUAACAUUUAAGCCUCUCCCAGAGGACCUACCAGAAGAAUCAACUCUCUCCGCCUCCCUCUUCUCUCCCCAUACUCUCCUCCUCUGCCUUACCCAGCACUCACAGUCAUCCAUGAGUGUGACCAACUCCUCUGCCUAUCGAUCAGAGCGUAGUUUCCACCAGACUUCAUCCUCAUCCUCGUCCUCUGGUAACCCAUACAUGGAGAAAAGCCGGGGACUGUUUGCUGAGGACUUUGGCUCCUUCAUGAGGCCUGGGAGCGACGCCUUGGGGUUUUCCAGUGCAGCUGGAAAUAUUAAAACUCUUGGGGAUUCGUACCAAUUCACGGUUGACGUGCGAGACUUCUCCCCUGAAGAUGUCAUCGUCACCACAUCCAACAAUCAGAUAGAAGUUCGUGCAGAAAAGUUGGCCCAGGAUGGUACGGUGAUGAACACAUUCACCCACAAGUGCCAACUACCUGAGGAUGUGGACCCCACCUCAGUGACAUCAUCACUGGGCGCCGAGGGAACCCUAACAGUCCGGGCACGGCGACACCCGGCCAAACACGAGCUCGUACAGACCUUCCGCACCGAGAUCAAGAUCUAGAGAUUGACGACUUUUUAAUGACAAACCCUUUAGGUCUUGUGUUUUUUUUAUGCUACUUCCUCUAUUUCCUGUCUUCACUGAAACCAUUUUACGUUUUAACACUCAGACUCGACACUGCUCUAUAAAACAUGCCACGUCCUCCCUCCAUGACUGCAACAAUGCCUGUUGCCGCUCAUUUAUAUUCUGAGUUAGUUCACCAUACACAGGAGCAAUAGGUCAUACCUGCACAUAACAGACUGAGAGAUAGGGGCUUGGACAUGUACAGCAUUUGCACAGGGCCUCACACACACACACACACACGCUGCAGUUGAUUGAUCAGUUCACUACUUCACUCCUGUCCUCCAACACAGCUCUCAAACUCAACACACAAUUUCAAAAUUGAUGGUUGCUCAUUAAAAAUAAUUUAUUGCAUAUCAUUAUUUGUGUGAAUAAAAUACUCCUUUGACAAUAAACAUGCUAAUCUUUGA